AUGCGAUCGCGCACGAACCUGGCCAUGACUGCACACGGCGUGGAUAGCACCGCACGGCCAGCGAAUGUGCGGCGCAAGAGCACAGAUGAGCGCUUUUCGCGUGCACUGAGUUCUACGUCGCGGUCCAAGUCACAGGUGCAGAUCGAGGGCACGGCCCGCAAGCCGCAGCGCAAGACCUCGGGCAAGUCGGAGGCGCGUACCGAGCAUCCCGGCGAUGUGUCCGAGAGCAACUGGACGAGCGCGAGCCCUGCAAGCUCGGUUGACGACGAAGAUGACGCCGGAGACGAGCACGAGGCGCCCGCGCCGGUGCAGCGCACUGAUAAAGCGACCACGAUGCGGCCGCCGCAAGCUGCAGCACAGCCGCCUACGCCCCACAAGGCCGAGGCGCCACCCCCUGCCGAGACGCCGAGACGGCGGGGUACUCCAUCGCACGCCAAGGUGAGUACCGGCGCACGUCCAUCGGAGCCGGGCCCCUUGUCUCCCAAGACGACGGCCCCUUCCCACGCCGACUCGCCCGCAUCCGUGCGCUCGCAUGCCUCGGUGCGGAGCAGCCGCUCGAUGAUCUUUGGGCGGAAUGGGCUGCAGCCCAGUGCGCCGGUCCAUCCCGUGCUCGACACGCACCGCGUGACGAGCCAGCCGCACGGUACGGCGACCGACGCGGGCACUGCGCCGUCGCAGGCGCCGUCGCGCUUCUACCUGGAGGAGAACGACGAGACGCGCAUGCCGAGCUCGCAGCCGUACAUGCGCUCGCUUGGCAGCACAUCAAACCUGACGCUCGAGGAAAUGAGCCGCGAACAGGCGGACACGCCCAACUUUUCGCGCAGCCGCGUCGACUCGAUGACGAGUCUGAACAGCCUGACCGGCGCGACGUCCGGCAUGCGCCGCACCAACAGCACGCAGUCGCUGAACGAGGCGCAGCUGCACAAAAGCACAAGCUCGCGCGAGCAGCUUGCGCACCUUUUGCACCGCACGCCCGUCCGGCGCGACAGUGCACUGCGCUCGGUUACCGGCGACCAUUCCGGCCCGGUGCGCGUCGGAGCGAGCGGAUCGAGCAGCAAGCUCGUGGCGAAUACCUUUGCGCAUAUGCUGCAGGUCGGCCCGGUCGAGCGGCCGGCCAAGCCGAUCGUGUCCAAGUUUGCGGGCUACCAGCAGCAAUUCGACCCGGCGGCCAGUGCACAGCACCUGCCGGUGGUCGCAUCGCAGCGCGAAGAGGUGCCUGGGCGCGUCGUCUCGGUCGACGUCCCUGUGCCGUCUGUAUUUAGCGCCGGGUUUGUGGAGCGCAUCAAGGCGCGGAUGGAGCACCGUCCGCUGCGCGAGACGCACGACGACAUGGCACACUCUCCGCCGCAGUACCGCUACCUGCUCGACUACGGCUUGAGCGGCCCGUCGAUCGACAAGGCGGCGCUGAGCCACGUCGAGCUCACGCCGCGGCUCGAGUCGGGACUGCCGCUCGGCGACAUCCCCGACUCGCCGGUGCGCCUGCGCUCUGGGCGCCCGUCCGUCCCCCGGCGCGCCGACUCGCACGACACGGCCAAACUCGUCGUGCCCGACUCGGUCACGACACUCGCGCCCAACAUGAUCCCCUUCCACUUUAUCCACGCACUGACCUCGGCGAUGGAGAAUGCCCUUGCACUCGACCACGCCGAAGUGCCAGCGAUGGCCUCGCUCCUGCCUGGCGUCGCAGAAAAAGACGAGGGGCUCUUGCCCGCGUCGCCGCCCAGCAGCGGCUCGGAGGUGGAAGCGUCGAGCGACGAGGAGGAGCAUGUACACUACAUCGACAACCAGUCGAUGCGCGCCAUUGCCUACACCGCACAGGCCGUCUCGAUCCAGCGCAUCCACACCGUGACGCGCCGCUUCUCCGACCCCUACCGCGAGGCGUUUUCGCGCGUGGUGCACGCCUCGGGCUACAUGCCCUACCUUCGCGCGCAGGAGCAGGCCCAGGCGCCGUCGCCCAUGCGCCGCGCAUCGCAGGCGGCGCCGAUGCGCCUUACGCCCUCCGGCUCGCUGUGGAACCUGAGUGCGUACGUCGGCACCGGCGAGCGCGGCAGCAUCGACGCGCAGCAUCCCACGUCGCGCCCCGGCCUCGCGCGCUCCAACACGGCGCUGGCGGCGCUCGGGAACCUGGCGCAGCAGUCCAAUAGUCCACGCCGUGCGCCUGCACGAACCUAG